AUGAGAGACGUUUUUUUAUCUAAUUGUGAAAAAAACUUCAUCCAGAAAUUAGUUUCAGAGGGUCAUCGCCUUGAUGGUAGGAACUACAAUGAAAGCAGAAGACUGGAUGUAACUUUCGGAUCAGAAUAUGGUAGCUGCAUUGUGCGCUUAGGAGAAACAAAAGUUCUUGCUCAAGUGUCUUGUGAAGUUACACAGCCCAAACAAAUUCGUCCCAAUGAAGGUAUACUGUACAUCAAUGUUGAAAUAAGUCCAAUGGCAGCACCCCAAUUUGAGGCCAACAGACAAACUGACCUUACUGUAUAUCUCAAUCGAUUGCUAGAAAAGUGUUACAAAGAUUCAAAAUGUAUUGAUCUUGAAUCACUUUGUAUAGUUGUUGAAGAAAAGGUUUGGUCCUUGAGAGUUGAUGUCAAGGUUUUAAAUCAUGGUGGUAAUUUGAUAGAGUGUGCAAGCAUAGCAACACUGGCUUCUCUUGCCCACUUCAAGAGGCCAGAUGUGACUCGUAGUGGUGAUCGUGUUAUCAUACAUACAAUUGCAGAGAAAGAUCCCAUUCCCACAGUUCUGUACCACUAUCCAGUCUGUAUGACAUUUGCUAUCUUCAAUAAUGAGGUUUUACUCUCAGAUCCUAGUUUCAUAGAAGAGUCAGUUUGUACUAGUAGUACAGAAGAAGGGAUCAAUACAGGUGGUGGUUUACUGGUAAUUGGUAUGAACCAGUACAAGGAAUUAUGUUUACUAGAUCUAAAUGGCGCUGCACUGUAUGAUUCCAACAUUGUCCAUAAAGCCAUUAUUAGUGCUGCUGAGAGCUCUAAACAAAUAGUUGAUCUAGUAAAACAACGUAUAAACAGUGAUGAUACGAUGAGGCAAAAGAGAAUAAAAAUAAAUUUUGCUGAUAUGAUAACAAGUGAUCAUUUAUUAUCAUUAACUCGAAAAGACCUCAGCAUUCAAUUAAAAAAGUUUAAUGUUGAUGACAUGACAUUGAAAAAUGAUAUGGAACAUGAAGAUAAUGAUGAUGAACCUGAACCUAGUAAAUACGAUGGUAAGUUUGAGAAUAAAGUAAUGACAAUAUUUGAAAUCUAUUCUUUAAUUUCAGUUGUUCCUUCAUUGCCACAAACUGCUGAGAUCAUUUCAAAUAAAGGAGUGUCAAAAUGGAUAGAGAUUUCAUCUGACUCAGAUUAA